CUAGGACAGGCGGUUAAGAUUAUAUUUGGAACGGCGUUUCAGCUGUCAAAUAAUUUGACACUACAAUUAUUAUUGUAGUAUGUUGUGUAGCAUCUAGUAACGUUAUUAUUUUUAUGUUUAUCACACUUGUAUCAAUGAAUAUUGUUACAUAGUACGAUAUAAAAAGGUUUAAUUUUUAACACUUGAAGUUAGUUCAAUCGCUAGAUAAAUGCGCAACGCGCAGCGACAAGAGCCGAUAUUUUCAUGUCGUUACUUUUGUGAUUUGAUUGAUUGAUUUUCGGGCUUUCUAUCCCAAAAUUUAAUUAUAAAUCUUAUGUAGGUUCAUGUAAAAGUUAGCAAACGUUGUUAUGGAAACGUUUCACAUUUUAAAUGACGUUAUAUUCAAUCAUUAUUUUUUAAUUGGUGGUUUAUUCUUGAGUUAUUUGGUUUACCGAAUACUUCACGCACUUUUUGGUGAUAAUAAUUACUUACAAACCAAAUAUAGGUCUCGUGGUCAUACGUGGAGAAGCAUACAAUGUAACAAGUCCAUUCCUUAUAACAUUUAUUGUACGGUGUGUGGUAAGUUGAUGUUGCCCCUAGUAGGGCUCUUCUGCGAGUGCUGUGGUGUGAGCGCGUGCAAGAGAUGUCGACGCGUUGUUGAUAAAAAAUUUAGGUGUAAACAAUUUACUUGGCCAGUUGACAAACAGUUCCACCAUCAUUGGGUUCACAUUGGUAAUAGCAGAGCAGAACAUUCAGACAACAGUGAUGACACAAUUCGAAAAUAUUAUUGCUGCUGGUGCCAAAGGACAAAGCUAUGCCAUGAUAGUGCUUUCAAUGACUCCGAGCAAUGUGAUUUCCAGAAGUAUCGUAACAUAAUGAUUCCACCAGCGUGUGUGCAGGUUGAGAAUGGAGUAGUAACUGGCAUAAAGCCUCCUACAAUUCCAGAUUGGGAGCCACUCUUCAUUUUUGCUAAUCGUAAAUCUGGAAGCAAUAGAAGUGAUGAAGUGCUAUCACUUUUUAGAGGGCUGUUGAAUCCCAUUCAGGUGGUGGACAUGGCUGAGACAGCACCGGAGAGCGUCGUGCGGUGGAUGCCGCCACGAGCGCGAGUUCUCGUAGCCGGCGGCGACGGCACCGUCGCCUGGGCGCUCAACGUGCUGCACGCGGCGCCACACGUCAAGGCAUCAGUGGCCAUAUUGCCAAUGGGCACCGGCAACGACCUAUCCCGGGUACUGGGCUGGGGCGCCGGUCUGGCCUCGCAUUUAGACGCACAGGCUAUCAUCAACGACGUGCAACACGCUGAAGAGCAGCUCUUAGACAGAUGGAAGAUCACAAUAAAACCCACACGCGGACGCUUACGCAGCCGAGGCCGCGAGCGCGUCCUGUACGCUUACAACUACGCGAGCAUCGGUGUGGACGCGCAGGUCGCGCUGGACUUCCACCGCGCGCGUUCGCAGUUCCUAUACAGAUACGGCAGCCGGAUGCUCAACUACAUGGCCUACGUGUUAAUGGGCGCCGGGCGCGCAAUCGACAGCAGAUGCGACGGCCUGGAGCAGCGACUGCGCGUGCGACUUGACGCGCGCGACGCGAUCCCUCUCCCGCCGAUACAGGCGCUCGUGGUGCUCAACAUCCCCUCCUGGGGCGCCGGCGUGCAGCUCUGGAAUAUGGGGAAUGAAGGAGAUGUGGAAGAACAAAGUAUUAGCGAUGGAAAAAUUGAGGUUGUUGGCAUAUCGUCGUCAUUCCACAUAGCGAGGCUGCAGUGCGGAUUGGCGGAGCCCUAUCGCUUUGCACAAGCUUCGCAAAUAAAGAUCGAGCUGGAGGGAUGUUGCGCGAUGCAGGUGGACGGGGAGCCGUGGGUGCAGCGCUCCGCCACCGUGCUGGUGGAGCCGGCCGGCCAGUGCCGCGUGCUGCGCGCGCGCCGCGCCGACUAGCCCGGGCUCGGACUCGCAACCGCAGGACAGGGGUCGCUUAACUGCGGGAGUUAUUCCCACUAGUUACCACCAAGGUGUUACCAGUGGUAAUUAGUGGGUUUUUUUUUUCACCUUUUACCACUGGUAACUACUGGGAAAAAAAUCCUACCAAAAUUUGGUUAGCAUUCAAUACUAAUAAAAACAGUAUAAAUAUAGAGUUCCUUAAUCAAUAAUUAAUGAAACGUCAAAUUAAUUAUAAGUAACAAAGACCAGCGUAACGUGACCGAGACAUUAAUAGAGAGUGCGAGCCAGAGAUACGCGUUUAUACUGGUUGGUCUGAGCGGUCAAAACGUCCGCCGAGCUCUCGCCCAGCAGUUGGCGAUAACAGUCAUACAACAUGUAUGGUAUGGUAUUAACUAUUAGAUUAUAUGUUUUUUUUUCCUUUUUGCCAUUACCCUCAAGAGUAUGAGAGCAUUUAUCGUAUACGGGCUACGGAGACUGCUUUUUUAAUAGAACGUCGGUGGCAAACAAGCAUACGGACCGCCUGAUGGUAAGCAGUAUCCGUAGCCUAUGUACGCCUGCAACUCCAGAGGAGUUACAUGCGCGUUGCCGACCCUAACCCCCUCCCACCCCUCGUUGAGCUCUAGCAACCUUAUUCACCGGCAGGAACACAACACUGAGUAGGGUCUAGUGUUAUUUGGCUGCGGUUUUCUGUAAGGUACUUCCCCAGUUGGGCUCUGCUCUAGAUCUGGAAUGACAUCCGCUGUGCUGUGCCCUACCACACAAAGCGAGAUGACAUUCACAAUGCCCAUACCUCUCUUGUGAACGUAGUUUAAGGACGUACCCGGAGCUUACCAUCAGGCGGGCCGUAUGCUUGUUUGUCACCGACGUAGUAUAAAAAGGAUCUUAUUAAUCGUAAAUUGAGCUAAUUGUGACGUUUUCUAUGAAACCUGGAUCUUUUGUCAAGGACGCUUACGGCACACUGCGUAGCGCAGCGUUGUAUUUGUAUAGGAGCAUCGUUGAUAAUGGCGCAAGCGCCAUCGACAAUAAAGUCCUUUUCAAUAAAUAACGACACAAUUACACGAACGAACAAACAAAUCAGUCAAAAACCGUUUUUUUUUUCACUUUUAAGGCAGUUUACUGAAACAGUUAUCGACUUAUAAUGAAACGAAUAACUAAUUAACUUAUAAUUAAUUUAACGUUUAAUUAAUUAUUGAUUAAGGAACUCCAUAUUUAUACUGUUUUUAUUAAUAUUGAAUGCUAAACAAAUUUUGGUGGUAACUACUGGGAAAAAAAACCCACCUUUUACCAGUGGUAACUACUGGGGAAAAAAAAAAUCCCAGUAGUUACCGGCUCACUAGUUUCUCAAAAGGUGACAUGUAUCUAAACUAUUUUAGACAGGUUGCUAUUCCUGAAACGGUAAAUCUACUAUGGCUGGCACUUUUUCUGAAACGUAUUGCCGAGCCCCGGUUAUGACAGCGAGUCACGGUGAAACUUUAGAAAACUUACUCAAAUGUUAACUUAAUGUCAAACAGUACCUAACUAAUUAUAUUAUCAAAUGUACUUAAAUUUAACUUAUGAUAAACGUAGCGAGCGUGAGGUCUAAGAUACACUUGUAAGUUUUACUUACUUAAGUAGGGACAAAGCUAUUUGUUGAAAUGGAAUAAUUAUAUUUAUCUCUCUUUUUUUUUUGUUUAUUUAUUCACUAUUAAUUUUAGAAACAAGGUUUAACACAAUAAGCCACUAUUGAAAACCUCUAGGUUUUAUGUAAUAGUUGGCGAGAUCUAUAGUAUAGCUGUAUCCCUACUUACGUAAGUAAAACUUGUAAGUAUAUCUUAGGCUCUCUAAUGCCAAAUUAGUUAGGAUCCCACAGCAGGAAAAAACUAAAUACCAAUAAUGUCGUAAUGUCCGUCUCUCUAUCUGUAUGCCAUAUGCAUUUUAUAUUAUACAUUUAUUUAUAUUUUGUCGAUAGAUAACUAAAAGUUAGGAAUUAUAAAACACUAGGUCGUUGAUGUUAAUUAGGUAAGGUGCCUUCGGAAAAACUUUAAGUGAUCUUGCUUUCGUGUACCUUAGGUGCCGAUGUAGACGCACUCACUAUACAGACGCCGUGCGGGGCUACCUGGAACCUAUAAUAUAAAAACUAUUCCCAAUAUUUCAAUGAUGUACUUAAAAUAAAUUUGGAAUCAAAUCUUUUCACUCCCAUAAUUCCCAAUAGGCGCAGGCGUCCCCAUUUGUCCCACUCGACUGUAUUACUAAAUAUUGUAAAUGCACAACAUAUUUUAUACAUAGAUACUCGUAAGAGAUAACUUUAAACUUUUGUUUUCAUGGGAUAUAUUUACAAGUGAUUUUAACAUUUUGUGGGAUAUGUUUUACUCACAAAACAUUAACUUAAGAAGAGUAUUACGGGUAGUUGAUUAGUGACUAACGGGUAUUGACUUUUUUACUAUGUAAUAUCAGGCUUAGAACGCACUGCGAUUAAUUUCUUGCGGUUUCUAUCUUGCAAGUGCCUGCGCUUAUGAAGCAUGACAUACGUUACAUUUUUUGUGAUUCUGAAACCGCAAGAAAUUAUUCGCUGUGUAUUCUAAGCCUAUACUCUGUAUCUUUGGGUAUUUAAAUAAAAGUAAACAAAAUCUACCCUCAAAUGUCUCCUUAAGCCAGUUGAGGGUUGAUGAAAACAUUACAUGAUCAAAUCAUGUAGGUUAAAGUCAGGUCGUUCAGUGACAGAUCCAGGCGGUUUUGUAUUUGGUCGAUUAACUACCCGAAAUUUUACAAAUUGUUUGUUUAUUUUUAUUUAAAUACCUAAAGAUACAGAGUAUAAAUGUCUGCUCUUAUUAUAUAAUUUUCUACAGCUACCGAUUUUAUGAGGAAUGAUUAUUGUUAAAAUAUAUUUCUAAAAUAUGAACUCGUUUUCAAUAUAAUGUGAUGUGUCUUAAAA